AUGGCGGUGCAGCUGCUGUGGCAAAGGCGCCCGCCGGCGGAGGACCUAGUCGUGCGGGAUCCGGCAGCAAGGCCAGUGGAGCGCCUCACGGACCUUGGGAACACGCAGUACCUGGGCGCGGUGCGUCUGGGAACUCCCGGUCAGGAGGUCCAGGUGAUUUUUGACACCGGCUCCUCCGACCUCUGGGUCCUAGACAAAGCUUUCGAUCCCUCGGCUUCCUCCAGCGCGGUGGACGACGGACGGACGGCCUCAGUGGUCUACGGGGAUAGCAAGUCCAUCACCGGGAAGUUACUGGAGGACAGCGUCUCCCUGGGGGGCAUGCGCAUCUCUGCGCAGCCGCUGCUGGUGGUGCGGCAGGGCAUCGACGGUGUGAGAGCCGACGGGGUGUUGGGCCUGGCGAUGCCGGGGCUGUCGCAUACUGGGGAGACGGUGCUGCAGAACCUGCAGAGGCGUGGGGUCUCGAGCUUCUCCUUCGCCCUGUCGGGACCCUCGGGGGACUCCUUCUUCCUGCUGGGCAUGCCAGAGGCCUCCUGGUACGAGGCGGAAUCCUUGCGAUGGAUGCCGUCCUCUCGGGACCUGUGGUGGUCCUUCGAGGCAUCCCUGGCCAUCGGCGAGGAGGUCAUCUUCGAAGGCACCUUCCUGCUGGACUCGGGCACGUCUUAUUUGGGCAUCCCGGCCUCCAUGCACAAGCAAGUGGUGCAGAAGAUGAUGAGGGACUCCUUCCAGCACUGCCGGGUGAGUAGCACGAACCUCUUCAUUUGCGACUGCUCCGCUGCUUCGCAGAUGCUGAGCGCGGGUGUCAUCGUGGGAGACCAGGUCUUCGGACUGCCACCCGCGAGCUUGAUGACACCUUUGAGCGUCCUGGACUUGGACUGCGUUGUGGAGGUGCAGAAGCUGUCUGUGCGGGCGCCCAAAUUUUCACGCGAAACAGGGGACAGGAGAUGGCAGGACGGGCUGCCAGUUAUCCUCGGAGACACCUUCCUCCGCACGGUGGUGGCGGUGUUUGACACCGAGCCCCUGCCCCGCAUUGGCCUGGCGCGCCGGAAAGGCGGCGCCGAGAUGGUGCGCCUGGGCCCGCUGUCAUAUGACCCGCUGGAUCAAGCUGGUGUGGGGCUGUUCGUUGAGCUGAUGCUCCUGGUUUCGCUGUGCACCGGUGUCAUCUUCUGCCUUGAGAAGCUUUGUAGGGCUUGGACCUCGCCGUCGCGGGCGCGACACGCGGUCAAGGAGGUGGAUGGCGAGGCGCCCUAUCUCCGCCUGAGGCAACGCCUGUCUGCUGGCACGGCCAUGUGCCAUCAGAGCCCUCGUCAGCCGCAAGAGAUCUUGAGCGGGGCCUGCUCGAAUCCGACGAGCAUCCGCCAAGAUGCGGCAGCGCAGUUCCAAGGCUUCCGUGACUCCUUGGUCUACCUGAUGGCUGUUGGCUGCGAGACGAAAGGUAUGGCGGUGCACCAGCUUAUGAAGAUUUUGGGUGUGCGGAAGGAGGUGAACCGCAUCGACCGCGACAAGCACUUGAACAUCCGACUCGUCCAUUUGCGGCAGCCAUGGAUGGAGAAGUACUUUGCGAAGAGGGACACGCCGCCGGAGGAGGCGUAUAUUGAGGACCCGUUCGACCUCCUGAGCAUCAACAUGUACCCUGCGCAGGCGACGUUUGUCCCGGUACCAUCUCGGACUGGGCUGGAAGAUCGGCAGGCCUACACCACUGGGUCGGCCGGGAACAACUCCGUGGAGCCGGCAAAGGAGCCCUUCCUGGCGCGGUUUCUGGGCCAGCGCCACGGGCUCUCGGAGUUGGACGUGGAAGCCCUCGGGGACCUGUACGGGUGCCCGGCCAAGAUCGCCCCGAGCGAGCCGACCCGGGCCCUGGCUCAGCUGUUUCUGCAGGGCAAAGGGCUGGUCUACGACGGCAGCUGCACAGACAACCCGCAGGCGCAGGAGAAUCUUACGCUGCUCCUGCACGGCCAGCAAACCAGUUGCGCCACAGUUGCGAACAAGCACUGCAUCGCCAAAACCGCCGUCUCCGACAUCUCCGUGCCGGAGAUGUGCCCCUUCUCCUGCCUGCUGUGCAUACCCGCCAGCGGGGAAGUGGUGGCGAAGCGGAACCUGCUCUUCCGCGAGGAGGGGAUGAAGUACUGCGACGACGCGGGCUGCAAGACCUCCGACGCGAAUGGCACCGUGUGCAAGAGCUCCAAUUCUGAAGCGCGCCGAGUUCCUUGUGACAACACGGACCAGGCCUACUGUGACGAUGCCGGGUGUCACAGCAUGGACUCGGAGGGCAAGGAGUGCCGCCUCAGGAAUCCGACGGCGCAGCAGAUUGAGUGCCCUGGCCCCGCUGCUGGGCACGAGACCUUCCACACGAGUGACGUCAAGACGUCCCGGGGCUGUGUGGACCUGGCGGUUACGGGCAUCAAGUUCAAGAGCGGCCCCAAGGCAGCCUGCAAAGACCUCCAGGCCUACUGCGGCCACGAUAAGAUGGGAGACAAGGUUCGGGCGGCAUGCCCGGCCACCUGCCUGGAGCAAGGGUUCGCGUGCACUCCCGAGAGCGAUGAGGAGACUUCAGGUGAUGAAACUACUCUGAGUGAAGAGGAGGAUCUCCUCUCAGAAGGAUGCAAGGAUAAGAGCAUCCAGGACUCCCCGGUGCUCACCCUCUUCGGCAAGGCCCAGGCCUGCUCCAACGUGAGUCGCUUCUGCUUCCACCACGUGAACUCCUCUACGAUCCAGAGGAAAUGCCCCGUGAGCUGCGGGGCCUGUGUGCCCCAGGUGUAUCCGGAGGUCGCCAAGGAGGACAGCUCGGCCAAAUCCGCGGCCCCCAAGGACAGCAAGGCGAAGGACAGCUCGGCCAAGGACUCCGCCGCCACGGAGGAGACGGUGGCCAGAGCUUCCGGCGAGGACGUGGAGGGAGACGAUGGAUCCAAGGCGAACCUCACGAAGGUUGCGGAGAACCACUUCUCCACGGCGAUGCCCGAUGCGGACAACACGGGCGUAGGCUGCAGUCGGAGGAGGCGCUGGGGGUUCUGCUACACCCGGCGGAGGCGGAACCUCUGA